CUCCCAGGGGGCACUUUAGCACACGUUUUGGUGUCCAAGAGGGCACUUUAGCACGCAUUUUGGCUCCCAGGUGGCACUUUAGCACGCCUUUUUCAACAAUUGCCCCCCGUGCACGCCACUGUUCCGGAACGUAAAAUUCCUCCACCAAAAUCCACUUACACAGCACAAGUGUGCACAGUGUGUGUGUGUGUGUGUGUGUGUGUGUGUGUGUAGUCUAUCCAUAGGCUGAUCGAUAUUUUAGAAUGAAUGUGUGUGGGCCGGGGCAUCUUGAGUUCAUUCGGUCAGUCAAAGUAGACGCAGGAUCAUGAAUGUGAUUCACUCUCCUGACAGUACCGGGAUUUCCCAAAACGAACUCCGGUUGAACGUGUUUUAUCCGGCCACUCGUUUUCUUACCAGACCCAGCGGAACAAAGAUGAUUUUCUGUUACAUUUUCUUUGUUGUUUCUCUGAUGGGCAUUCUGCACGACCCCCGUGUGUCCAGCUGCGGUGGAAAGUGUACAGAUAAUCCUGUAUUCACUCCAUCCAGCCUGGUAGUGAAGUUUGGUGACCCAGCCUCUGCCAGGUGCUCUGUGUGUCAGCGUUGCCAGAGCAAGGCAUUUGGUUUGGAAAAAUCUUUGGGAGAGUCAACAGAAAACGGGACCACGGUUUUUUGGACAGUUGACAGAAUGACCGAAUGGGGCACGUCUGCCAUUUGCUAUUAUAAUGAUGAAGAUACUGGCUGCCAAUGUUCCAACUCCCUGCAUGUAACUGUCUACCAGCCUCCAGAUAGUGUGUCGAUCAGCUUUGCGAAUCACUCUGGGCCUGUGUUUGCUGGUCGUCAGUACGCCCUGCAGUGCACGGUACAGGGUGUCGCUGUUGUUGAAAACCUUGUUGUGACCUUCUACAGUGGACAGACAGCACUGGGUCAACAGAAGUCCAAGAAUAAAGGGAAGAAACCAGUGAAUGAGAGCUUCACUUUUACCAUCACCCCCAGUGAAAAAGAUGAUGGAGUGCAGUACUGGUGUGACGCCAAGCUAGAACUGGGACCUGAAGGACCACAGCUCCCUCCAGUGGUGAUGUCACAAAACAUGACUGCCGUGGUCCACUAUAAGCCUCAGCUCAGGACUUCAUCACACCCAGAUCCAAUUAUUAUUACAGAGGGAAACCCUCUACAGCUGAACUGCACGGCUGUGGGAAACCCCAGCCCCUUGUACACCUGGUUGUUGCCAUCAGAUGUACUUUCCACCCACAGUGGCAGCAUUCUCACUUUCGACUCUAUAAAAACUACAGAUAAAGGGCGGUACACCUGCUCUGUCAGCAACGCCAUGGAUACUGUCACUGUGACGUUUAACGUGGAUGUCAGAGCCAACUACAUCGGACUCAUUAUAGCUGGGAUAGCACUAGCUGUUGCUGUGAUUUUUAUCUUGGUGAUUUACGUCUGCGUACGUCACUACAAACGCAACAAAAUGGGACAGUACAACCUGAAGGACGUUUUCCGUUUACACACACGACACCUUGCUGUGCCCUCUUCAGAGUAAGUCUGCGAAGAGGCCUGACACAUGCACAGUUUGGAGCUGCUGCUGAGUUUAAGUAGGUGUCACUUAGGGCUUCAUGGCCAAGGCAGCGACCAUGAACCACAACCUCUCCGGUCCUGUCAUUUCUCUACACACCAUACGGUCAAACUAUGGUUUGAGGCCAUUGAUUGAUGUGUAGCACUGUUUAAGGAGAGAUUUAUACAGCUCAGAUCAUUUCAUUGCUCCAAAAAAAUGAUAAUAGUUCUCUAUGUAUAGCGUUAUAGUAAGUGCAAAUACACCUGGGGUUAUUCUCUGUCCCAUGAAAAGACCAAAACCAACAGGUAGUCUGUCUGUAUCACUCAGCCCUAUUUGUGAUUAAAAUUUUUUAAGCUAUAAAAAUAUGUAUUAUCUGUAGUGCAGAUUGUUGAUAAUAAGAUAUUAAUUUCUAUUAAAUAAACAAGACAUUCAUGUAAAGUGAUGUAUGUGAGACUUAAAUGUUAACGUAUUAUGAGUCAAGAAGUUUAUAUCCAUGUAACCAAUUUUCUGACUUUCUUUGCAAUUAGUGAAACAGUGAAUUUAAACAAGCUGAAACCAAUUUUAUUUUUGUCAUUUGCUCAUAAAAUGAGAAACUAAAUCCAUGAUAACAAGUCAAUAUUAUGCAACGCUUACUUGGCCCUGAAACAUCAAGUAUAGCUGUGCACUCGCUGUAAGUGAACAUGCUGUUUUACUGUUUCUGUCAGUUGUAUUUUGGUUUUGCUGCUGCAAAGAACCUUAUUUAGACAGUUAUAUAUAUUCUAUGUGAAAAUUCUCCUGCUAAAUUACACUGCUGUGGUUAAAUACUGAAAGCUUGAACCUGACCUCAUCACCCACAGCUACUGAUCAAGCAACAGCUAUUGUAUGCAUGUGCCUGUAUUCUUUGUGUACAUCUUUGUAUAUAUGUGUGUGUAUAGGUCUACUGUAUUGAUGUGCUAGCUGAAUGAUUAUGAAAAAGAAAAUAUCAUUGUUUUAUUUUUGAUUAUGUUUAAAAUACUACUGUCACAGAUUGGUCUAUUGUAUAUGUAAAAGAUCGUCAGACAUGCAUACUUCUUUACAGUGUGACAAAAUGGCACAUACAAUAAGCCCCAACAGUACCAGGGAAACUGGAAGAAGUAACUAGAUUUCCUGUUCAUGAGAUUUUUUUAUCGCUUGGUUGCCAUUACUGCUUAAGAACUGUUGUUGUUUUUUUUUUGUUUUUUUUAGCUUUGAGUCUUUUUUACUGGAAACUCCACUACAGGGAUUUAGUUAAGGGUGAUGUGAGUCAUUACAUGCCAGAAAUAUUUCACUCCUACUCUUUUCCUCCCUUCCCGUACUAUCUCUCCUCCCCUACUCAGAAGAAGCUUGGAGAUGAGCAGAGGAAUGAAGAGGACAUGAUAAACUUUAUAUUUGAUCAUGAAUAAUAGACAAUGUAUUGAUGAAGUAGCUCCGUCAUAACUGAUUAAACCCAUCCCACAUUAUGUUUUCUGCACUUAUUCAACUAGUGUUGAGGCUACACAGUAUGUCUGUCUAUUCAUGGAUGGAUUAUGGAUGGUUUUCUCAUUGUAGGGAAAACAUUUCCCUUGUAGAUGUAGAAAUAAUUAGAUUUUUCUGAGAUUGGAAUUAAAGCAGGUCCGUCCUUCAUGUUUUACUCCCCUACAGUCAUGUGUAUAACAACCCUACAACUGAAAAAGAAUGACAACCUCCUUUUUUUUUUUUUUUUUUUUUUUUUUUGCAAAUCUAUCACUGAAAGUGGGCAUGUUUACAGUGUGAUUGCCAGCCCAAAAAGUGACCCCACUUCCAGAGGAAACAUCUGUGCAUCCUGGCCUGAAACCCUUGCUCAGGUCCUCCACAUUUAUCAUGGCACAAAUUCUUGCUUGCAGCUGCACAAGGGUGGACAUCUGAAAGCAUGUGUUUAAUGUGAUUUUUCAUACCCCUGUUGUCCUUUGUAUAUUAUGCCUAAUAAAAGUAUCACUGGAGCUCCUCCACAAACAAUCGCAGUGGAUGUAGACUGCUUGUCCAUUCAGUCAAACAGCGGGUCAAAAUAAACU